AUGCAACGCAGCAUGGACCUAUUCGCCGCCGCCUGCGAGAACUUUGGGCUGGUUAUCAACACGCAGAAGACGGUGGUGAUGCAUCAGCCGCCUCCCAACUCAGUCACAGCCCCCAACGCGCCGCAAAUCAGCGUGAACGGAACCCAACUGCAAGUGGUAGAGAACUUCCCGUACCUGGGCAGUACCCUCUCACGCAGCACGAAGAUUGAUGACGAAGUCGCCAACAGGAUCUCGAAAGCCAGUCAAGCCUUCGGUCGCCUCCAAAGCACAGUUUGGAAUCGUCAUGGUCUUCAACUAAGCACAAAGCUGAAGAUGUACAAGGCCGUCAUCCUACCGACGCUACUGUAUGGAGCGGAGACUUGGACGGUGUACACGAGACAGGCACGCCGACUGAACCACUUCCAUCUCAGUUGUCUUCGUCGCAUCCUGAGGCUGAACUGGCAGGAUCGAAUCCCCGACACGGAAGUACUGGAACGAACGGGAAUCCUCAGCAUCUACGCCAUACUGAGACAAAUGCAGCUGCGCUGGGGCGGCCACCUGGUGCGCAUGGAUGACGAGCGACUACCCAAACGACUCUUCUACGGAGACGUCGCGACGGGUUCUCGCCGUCAAGGAGGCCAGAUUCGCCGUUACAAGGAUACCCUGAAGUCCUCCCUGAAGCGCCUGCAAAUCAACCCGAUCAACUGGGAAGAGCUCGCUCGCGAUCGCCCGACAUGGAGGAGAACAGUGAAGACGGGCGCUGCUAUCUACGAAGCCAACCGCAUCGCCGCCGCCAAAGUGAAACGCGAAGCCCGCAAAUCACAACUUCGCCCAGUCCGCAACGCCGCCGCACAACCUCUCCCUAUGUGUCCUCGAUGUCAACGGACAUUCCGGGCACGAAUCGGACUUGUUGGACAUCUUCGGAUCAACUGCACCUCUCGAACUGCUCCAGCCAUCGUCCCCCCGCCCGCCUCUUCCUCGUCCUCUCUGCCGCCAACUAACUCUGACACUCCUCCUGCACCACCACUUCCAUCCUCGUCGUCGUCCUCUUCCCUCUCCACUGCCCCAGCAGCGGCCGUUCAGACUGCUGUCUCACACAUCACCAUCCCCAACACAACAACCGACAUCACAUCUCCCACCUCUCCCGAUACCACUGAUGAGGAUCAGGACUACACCUGCCCUCACUGUGACCGCACCUUCACCUCACACAUCGGCCUGGUCGGUCACUUGCGAAUCCAUCGCACAGAGACUGGCGAACCAGUGCCUGGAGAACCAACCUACACCCACCGCACUCGCCUCCACUGCCCACAAUGCCCUCGCACCUUCACUCAUCGCAUGGGUCUAUUCGGCCACAUGCGCAUCCACGAGAGCGGAAUUGACCGCAGCCUUGAAACACCCACCCCACCGAGCCCCACUCCCAAUCCACCACCUUGUGCACCCACUAACCACUCCCCAGCCGACAUCGACGCCACCGACCUUACCACCCCUCACUCCGCCCCUUCCUCCUCCUCUUCCUCCAUCACUGCCACAACGACGGCCGCUUCGGCGUCUGUCGCCCACGACUUCACCACAGCCGAACCCGACACAACAACAGGCACAACCCCUGCAACCUCCAUCAUCAGACGUGAGGGCCAGCACUACAUCUGCCCUCACUGCGAUCGCACCUCCACUUCACGCAUCGGCCUGGUCGGUCACUUGCGAAUCCAUCGCACAGAGACUGGCGAACCAGUGCCUGGAGCACCAACCAACACUCACCGCACUCGCCUCCACUGCCCACACUGCCCUCGCACCUUCACGCAUCGCAUGGGUCUAUUCGGCCACAUGCGCAUCCACGAGAGCGGAAUUGACCACAAUUCCGAUACAGCCACGACAUCCUACACAUCCACCACGCCCAGACCCAUCCUCGCUCCACCGUCACACGCGCCGACCACCACCACCAGCACCACUGCUUCCUCUACAGCUGACGCCGACACCGCCAACCUCUCAUGCCCACAUUUUCCACGCACCUUCACCUCACGCAUCGGCCUGGUUGGUCACUUGCGAAUCCAUCGCACAGAGACUGGCGAACCAGUGCCUGGAGCACCAACCUACACCCACCGCACUCGCCUCCACUGCCAACAAUGCCCUCGCACCUUCACUCAUCGCAUGGGUCUAUUCGGCUACAUGCGCAUCCACGACGACCUGCGGUAG